CUAGAACACUUGCGGUACCGACACACCACUCUCAACAUGUGGAUUGCCGUGUUUGUUGUUCUUGUGGCUGGUGUGAACUGUCGCUCUGAUAUACCGGAGGAGGACAUUCUGGAUGAUUUGUUUUACAGUUACAACAAACAUGCUAGGCCGUCGCUCGGUCCUCUCCACACUGUCACAGUGUCUCACAGUCUCACACUCACGAGAAUCGUCAGCAUGGAAAAGCACGUGUUGACAGCCGACACGUGGCAAAUGAUGAAAUGGCAGGAUAGUCGGCUGACUUGGGACCCAGACGAUUAUGCACAGGUGAAAAACAUCAACAUUCCGGACGAGCUCGUAUGGACCCCCGACAUAGUAUUAUAUAACAAUGCCGCCGCAACAUCUGGCAAGAUGUACGCCAGCAUCCGAGUCGUUGUCGACAUGUCUGGCAACGCCGUAUGGAUACCUGGCACUCGUGUGACUGCCUACUGCGAAGAGGUCACAAGUUCAGACCGUGCUGACAUAUCGGCGGGGGAUUUCAAAUGCCCGCUCAAGUUCGGGUCCUGGACAUAUCACAAGAAGAGUUUGAAUAUGACAAUUGCCGGGGAUGGUUUGCUGAUGAGCGACUACAUCAAAAGUCCUCAGUAUGAGAUCAUAGACUAUGAGGUAAAUCUUGAAAAUUUGAAUUACGCCUGUUGUCCUGACCCGUACACAUCCGUUACAUACACUUUAUGGCUGAGACGAAAGUGUCAAAAGACCGUUGUCCUAGCAGGUGUAUGUGAUGACGAAGUUCCUGGGGGCAAAACAGAUUCCAGCGAUAGUAGUGAAGCCGACGAUAGCACUGGUACUGAUGAUAAUGGUGCCGAUGAUAAGACGGAUACCAGUGACGAUACUGAUGAUAAUACCGACGGCACAGAUAAUAACAGUGACACUAACAACGAUGACUCCCAAACAGAUUCCAGUAAUACAAAUGAAGACGAUGAUAACACUGAUGAUAAUUCGGAUACCAGUGACGACGAUACUGAUGAUAAUACAGACGGCACAGAUAAUAACAGUGACACUAACAACGAUGACUCCCAAACAGAUUCCAGUAAUACAAAUGAAGACGAUGAUAACACUGAUGAUAAUUCGGAUACCAUUGACGAUGAUACUGACGAUAAUACCGAUGGCACCGAUGAUACCAAUGAAGCGAACAGCGACGACGACUCUCAAAGUGAACAAGAUAGCGACUCUGAGAGAACAAAUGUGACGUCACAAGACCAAGACGUGAAGCCGGUCGUGCAAACAUAGGUUUCCUGUCCCAUUACCACAUAAAGUUCCGCGCUUACAGGGGAAAAUAAUAGGCAACUCUUGUGAAUAUACUUAACACAUUCAAGUUUCAUGGAUAUUUUUUACCAACUGAGGAUUGCCAUGUCUAUUUCUACCCAUUUAAGUUUUGUUCUGAAGUGCAUUGUAAUGUAUCAUAUGAAUGUUCUUUAUUUCAUUUCCGGUUAUCACUUAAAUAUAUUGUUAUAUAAACAUUCUAGUACAAUCGCACUUACCUUUCUUAUUAUUAAAUAUUGCUAUGCGUUCUAGUAAAUCAGUAAUCAUUAUUAAUAUUAAUGAAAUCAUCUUUUAACAAAUCUUCAUUCCUCAGUUCACAACGCACUUUUAAACUCGAAUUUCGCGGUCAUUGUUCAAGAGGUUGAACAGCACAUGACAUAGCUCACGGAAUGUUGUUUCGUGACUUUCCGCGUAAAAAAUAUAGUUCGUGAAAAUAAACACAGAAAUAUCGAUACAAUUUCCAUAUUUUCAUCAAUGAAGAUAUUCAAUUCACUUUUUAUAAUAGUCUUAUGAGUCAUAAGUUUUUUUGUUCUUGUUUUUGCUUAUCUGCUUGCUAGUGCGGAGGAGAAAAGCGAUCCGGUAGUUAGUUGAACCCAUGGAGAUAUCACUACGCAUGUUUUAUGGUCUUAUCAUACGGAACUUGCUUUAGGAGUGCUUUAUAGUGGCAAUGCAUAGCAAAUGUUAAUAUAAUGGAAUAAGAAAAACACUGACAAUGUCCUUGCGGGAUCAGCCAUACAUUUAUAGGAUAAUAUGUUAUGAAUAUUACGUAUGCAAGUUAAAGUGUAAUAUAUGUAAUACAGUUUGUGUUAUACAUUUAGUAUUGUUUGUUAUACAUGUUAUACUGUAUUUGUACUACAUAUAAUACUUGAUUAUAUACAUGUAAUACUUUAUGUAGUAAAUAAACACUGAAUGUGUUAUACAUAUACAAUGCUUCUGUAGGUUAUUACCUGUGCUACUAUACUACUCUCCUCGUUUAUAUAAGGUAUCGGAAUGGAUGUGAGAUAAGGACAUUUGUAUCGAUAAGAAAUACAGAUAAUAAUUAUUGUCAAGUUGACUUGAUUGCCAGUGGAGUGUUAAGCAUGCAAACAUCCGUUUUAUAUAGACGUGUUGAAGUAGUAUGACGUGUAUCUCCCCACUGUAAUCAUUGUUCAUUCGCAACUGUAAUUGAUCAACUGAUCACAUAGAGAAAAGGUAACGAAUAUUGCAUGUUAUUGUAGUAUACUAUUGUAACGUGUGGGCGGUCACCCAUCCAACCACCGACCACGCUCGAAGUUGUUGAACUAGUGAGCGGGUCCCAGGGUUAAACCGCAUCACAGGGAAAGCCAGAUUGCCAGUAAGGCAGUAUUUUCCCCUCAUAUACCUUAGCUGUUACACUAUUGUGAUUGAAUAUGGCUUAUGAUAAAUAUCCCGGUGACAAACUUCUGUUAUUACGUGUUGGCAUGGUGGCUUGAGAUGGAUUCCAUUUCCCACUUUCAAUUUCAAUUCUCAUGUUUGUCAACCGAUGUUAGUUUGAAGAGGGAUAGUUUCUCCUGCAUAAUCCAAAUGUAUGUCUAUUGUAAUGUAACGAUGAAAAGGCUGGUAUUAUAUAUUUACUCCUCGUCCCGGUGCCUUACUCUGCCACAUGCAAACAUAUACCGUAUGGAAACAAGUGUCGUUUAGAAUUGUUUUAGAAUUGUCGAGUAAGCUUUUUCUAAUAAAUUGAAAAAAAUAA